AUGGUAUCACCCAAAUCAAAUGGUGCAAGUUUGACUACGAGUAAUGGAGAUGGUAAUAUUGUAACUCCGAAAGUUGGACAAGGAAGUCCGAAUAUGCUUAAAGUAUCGACCAUAAAUAACGACAUUCGGAUCGGAAGGUCGCCUAGUAUAAAGAAUAAUGGAUUAGCUAGUUCAUUAUCCAACGUUAGGAACAAUAGAUCGCCAAAUCAUAGUAGACAUGGAUCAAUGGUAGGUGAAGAUGCUGAAAAGCUCGGCCCGAACCAGACAGAAGGCUCGACUAACUUACGCAAAUUGAGUAACGAGCAGAUAAUAGAUCUUAUGGAGAAAGAACAGGACGGAAUCGUAGUUAAACUUAUGAAGGAUAUAAAUACACUAAAACAGGAACUUCAUCAGUGGAAAACUGGUGCAAUGCCGACCCAGCUCAGAUCUCCGUCAUUCGACCGCAGACUGUCUGUAGUGUCCAGUACGUCUUCGGUUGAUUCCGUUGAACGUGAAAGAAGUCGUCGUAGAUCUUCUAACGAAGCUCCACCGGCAGGAUCUUUUCUCGACAAUGGGCAUUUGGUUAAUGAAAAUAAUAGAUUGAAGCAAGAAAACGAUCUUUUGAGGCAAAAACUCAAUGAGUUGAAUAAGCUUAACAAGUAG